AUGAAACAGGCGGCACGCGCGGCGCUGCUGGGGGCGUUACUGCUACUGGCCCAACUGCGCCCCGGGAGCAGCCAGUGGAAUUCGGCGGCAGCAGCGGCGGCAGGGGUCCGGGACCCAAAUCUACGUUGGAGUCCCGGGACACGGAGUCAGGGCGGUGGGGCCCGCGCACUUCUCUUGCUGUUGGCCGAGCGCUUCCCGCACCGCGUGUGGCCCGGCCGCCGGGGACCCGAAACGGAGAGCGAGCGGCUGCGACGCGAUGACCCUCCACUAUCCAUCGACCUCACUUUCCACCUGCUGCGGACCCUGCUGGAACUGGCGCGGACGCAGAGCCAGAGGCAGCGCGCCGAGCAGAACCGCAUCAUAUUUGACUCGGUGGGCAAGUGA